AUGAACGGGGAUACUACUCUACAGCGGGAUUUGACCACUGAAGACUCUCAGAAAGAGCCGCCUCGAACUGAUCAACGAUCCACGACAUCGGGAGAACCUGAGCUCGACGACUUCGGACUGCCUAAAAGACCCGUAAGCGCAGCACCGCGUCCUAAUACGGACAGCAGCGAUGAUGACAACGAUGCCUUUCACGAUGCGGAAGCCAGCACCGAACACCAAAGCCCUGUCAUGAAAGAGAGGAACCUCCGAAAGGCGGAUAGCGACAUGGGUGAGGGAGAACAGGCGGGGGUCGUCGAGGGUGAUACGACCAAGGCAGCUAGCUCUACAUCCGAGGCUGACGUGGCAUCAAGAGCGGAAGAGGCAGCCUCUACACAAGUGACGAGCGCGGAGGACAGGUCUACUGCGGAUGGUAAAGAUUCACUUCCACCGGCACCCAAAGUUGUGACUGCCGGGCUUGGUACAAGCUCAGAGAAUACUGCAAACGAGAGAGAUGCUGCAGUAUCCCCUCAAAAGUCAGAUCCCGCUGCGUCAAUGCCUGUACCUAAGCGAGAAAUUAAACUGGAAGAGCAAGUAGUAUCGUCGUGGUCCCACCAAAGGCAGAUGGCGGUGGCCACAUCUCCACACGAUGAGGAUGAGGGAGAAGAGGAGGAAGAGUGGCAGGACAUGCCAGCGCUUGAUGAAUUCGAUGUCUACGACGAUAACGGAAGGCUCGUUGCAAAAGGCAACAAACAGACCGAGGAAGAAAGCAAUGCCUAUAGUGGAAUAGGGGGCGCAGGCAAAGGAUAUACGAAGCUACAGCUCGACGAAGACGCACAAUCUGCCACGAGCUUGGAUGAAGAUACCAAUUAUUUGUUUCGAAACGGAGAGAAACCCAAGCAGAUUAAUGACGAGGACGAGGCCGAAGAUGAGCAACGAGAUGCACUUGCACAGUUGCAAGCCACCAAAGACCUCUUGACUGAAGGUCAACGGAUAGCUUACGUCGGCGUCGUUCGUCUGACCAUUCACAAGAUGUUCAACGCCCUGGGGAAUCUCGAGAAAACGAGAAACAUAAGGAGGGAAAUAAUGAAGUCUGUCGAAAGCAUGGAUAUGUGGGGUCAGACCAUAAUGCUUCGGUUGUACGCUCACAUGGACAUUGACCCAGCGGAGCAGAUCAUGAUUGAGCAACUCGCGGAACAUGGCGUCCAGCCGUCUGACCUCGUUCCCCCUUUAAUGCUCAAUGCCAAAGUAGCCAAUCCUAUGGCAAACGAUCAGAAGUCCGGAGAUUCGAAGCCAGAUUCGAUACGACCUAGAAAUUCGACGACUUCCAGGACGUCAAUUACGAGCGACAGCGAACAAACAGAAGAAGCUUCAAUAAGUGAAGAAGUGCCAGAAGUCCAUGGGCCUGAGAGCAUGCCCGACUCGAAACAAAUAGAGCUUGAUUUGCGCUGGACUGUCCUUUGCGAUCUCUUCCUAGUCCUUAUAUCGGGCAGUGAUUAUGAUGCUCGAUCACGGCGUCUUCUAGAGCGAGUCGGUUCAGUCAUGCAGAUUACAUGGGUACAAAUCUGUCGAUUCGAGAAAAGAGUUAUUGAUGCUUUGGAAAUGCAAGAAGAGGAACAGAGGGAGAAUUGGGAUGAGUCCGCAAACCUUGAAAGAAGGCGUAAGUUAGGCCUCAAACGAAAGUACAUUUACAUGGGUCUUGCUACUGUAGGAGGCGGGCUUGUCAUAGGUUUGUCCGCAGGACUACUCGCUCCUGUGAUCGGCGCUGGUCUUGCUGCUGGCUUUACGACAAUUGGCGUGACGGGGACCGCAGGUUUUUUGGGAGGCGUUGGUGGUGCGGCUUUGAUCACUUCUGCAGCCACUGCGGCUGGCGGGACGAUCGCUGUGAGAGCAUCAGAUCGACGCACAGGCCACGUCAAAACCUUUGAGUAUCGACCUCUGCACAAUAACAAGCGGCUGAACCUGAUUUUGACGGUGGCCGGGUGGAUGAAUGGCAAGGUCGAUGAUGUCCGACUUCCGUACAGCACCAUUGACCCAAUAAUGGGCGAUAUCUACUCCCUGCUGUGGGAACCCGAGAUGCUACAGUCCAUGGGACAGACUAUCAACAUCCUUGCGACUGAGGCGCUGACACAAACGAUUCAACAAGUCCUCGGGAGCACCAUUUUGAUCGCUCUCAUGGCCUCGAUACAACUACCAGUUAUACUUUCUAAAUUAGCCUACCUGAUCGACAACCCUUGGAGUGUCUCUUUGGAUAGGGCGAAUGCAGCAGGUCUCAUUCUUGCAGACUCUCUCAGGGACCGGCACUUGGGGAAGAGGCCAAUUACGCUGGUGGGAUUCUCUCUGGGUUCUCGAGUCAUCUUUUCCUGCUUGAAAGAAUUGUCCAGACGGGGAGCUUACGGCCUGGUCCAAAAUGUGUAUCUAUUCGGUUCACCCAUCGUGGUCAAGAAGGAAGAGUAUCUCAGAGCUCGAUCUGUGGUUUCAGGCAGAUUCCUCAAUGGCUAUGCGUCCAAUGAUUGGAUUCUGGGUUACCUGUUUCGUGCCACCGCAGGUGGAAUCAUGCGCGUCGCGGGCCUCGCUCCUGUCGAAGGCGUCCCAGGUGUUGAAAACCUCGAUGUUAGCAGUAUGGUUAAUGGCCAUAUGGCUUACCGUACUGCGAUGCCUCGUCUGAUGCGCGAGGUAGGCUGGGAAGUGGAGAGCGACGAAUUCACCGAGAUUGAGGACCCUGAUCCAGAGAACCACGCACAGCGACAGCGGGAGCUCAUUCAAGAAAUCGAUGAAGCACGUAGGAAGGCCGAAGAGAAGCCAGACAAGACAAGAUUUGGCUUCUUCAAGCGCGGUAAAUUGGCUGAAAAGAAAGGCUGGGAGACGUACGACGCCAAAGCGACUCAGCACAAACGCAGCACAAGUGUGUCACCGCAGCCUCGCAAUGAAGGUGACAUAAAUGUUCUCUUCGACAUUGACGCUAUCCGAAAAGAGUUGGAGAGCGAAAUGAUCGAAGUCCGCGAGCUAGACAGCACGUUGCCUCCGAUGCAGAUUACGACCAUCCAGAACGGGGAGAAACAUGUCGAGUAUCUACGGCUACCUCCAAACAUGAAACCGGAAGAAAUUGCCCGCAUGAACCUGCCGCCCCGUCCAGACGAAGUCGAUGUUCAUUUUCCUCAGCCUUUGGCAGUAAGACCGGGUCGGGUCUCAUCACUUCGCCCGUCGGCCCAGUCGAGCCCUCAAGGGUCUCCAUGGACCAGCCCCCGGCGCUCUCUUCAGCGAUCUCCCCACAGCUCUCCCCAACCCUCUCCGGGUCUGGAUGGGAGGUCGUCUUUCGCGUACUCGGAGCCCAGAGAAUUGGUCAGCACUAUGCCGACAUUGUCGCUUCCCCCCAGCUUGAACAGGCACAGCCACGAUACACCGUCAGCUGCGCAGCCAGAUAUGUACCAGCAUGCAACUGGGCGUUCUGCACCCGAGUUGAAUCGUUUUUCCACGUCCUCGGCAGACGGGUUGACCUCGCCCACAAUCGAUCUGGGUCUGGAGCGAAAUGCUUGGGCCGACGACAGGGAACCAUCCGGGGGGAUCAGCAUGACUUUCGAAUGA